GGGGAGAAGGGAGGGGAGAGGAGAGCGAAGCCUGUUGCACAAGCAGCGUACAUGUUCACCACCGAGAACUUACUAUGGACACCAGAAAAGGAGAGCUGAAGGCCCAGCUACUGGCCUACUUCUCUCCGGUUGUGAAAUUUGAUGCGGGUGAAAAGCACUACCCUGUGUCCGUCGAGACGUUCAUUUCCUCGUCGCUACUGCUAAGGAGACCGAAGACACCCGGGGGUAUUGAACAGACUAUGGAACAGAUUAAUCUAGACGAUGAGGAGGAAGAGGAGGAGGAGGAGGAGGAGGAGGAGGAGGAGGAUGCUAGUUCCAACACAGCAGAUGGCGAUGGUGGGUCCGCUGCUCACGAUCAGCACCAACAAGAGAGAAUGCACCAGGCUUGCGGAGAAUGCGGUCAGAGGCAAGGCUGGCGUUUCCCUUCGAAGGGAGGAUGGGUGCUAGUGGCCCUACCGUUGGGUGCCCAGAGCUGGAGUACUGCAACAUUGCUGGAAGCGCAACUACGAGACAAGGGUCUCAAUGAGUUCAGGUUAGAGCCGCACUCCUGCGUGUGGGGAGGCCAGGAGAGAGAUUUGUCGAAGGUGCCGUGCUACGCGUUUGCCGACCCACUCGAUCCGUCCGCAGUCGCACCGUUCAUCAGGAGAGCUGGGGUGGGACCCGUGUACGAGUUGAAAUACGCCUUCCUCUAUGGCUACAACGGGACGACGUUCGCCAUUCCGGGCACUUCCGUCGGGGUACACACCGGGGACCUGGAGCACGUUACCAUCCGCGUGGACGCGAGGAGAAUGAUGUGGAUAUCGACGCCCGGCCUGAAGUCAAGAUGGCGACUCGUGUUCAUCAACAGGAGGACCAUGAGGGGCUGA